ACCACAGGAGAAGAUGGAGGCGCCCGGUGCGUCCGGGAUGCUCCGGCAGGUACGCCACUUCACCAUUUCAGUGAGCAGACCAUUUGCUAAACUCGUCAGGCCUCCAGUUCAAGUGUAUGGUCUAGAAGGUCGAUAUGCCACUGCUCUUUAUUCUGCUGCAUCUAAGCAGAAUAAACUGGAUGUGGUAGAAAAGGAGUUACUCAGAGUAACAAAACUUUUGAAGGAUCCCAAAAUGAUUGACUCUAUUAUGAAUCCUCAUAUAAAGCGUUCUAUUAAGAUAAAAACCCUAAGUGACAUAAUAGCAAAAGAGAAGUUUUCCCCCAUCACAACCAACCUCAUGAAAUUGCUUGCUGAAAAUGGUCACUUAAACAAUACCCCAGGAGUCAUUUCAGCAUUUUCUACCAUGAUGAGUGUGCAUCGUGGAAAAGUACAGUGCUCAGUUACAACUGCAUCUGCUUUAGAUGAUGCAACUCCUUCAGAAUUAAAAACUGUCCUGAACAGCUUCCUAAGGAAGGGCCAAGUCCUGAAAAUGGAGGUUAAAACUGACCCUUCAAUCAUGGCAGGAAUGUUGAUAUGUCAGCAAGAACCAAGAUCCAGAAACUAAGCAGGAUUAUGAAGGAAGCUGUUUGAAAAUAACAUUUUUCCACAACUCAUCAAUGAAACUUCUAAAAAUUGUGUAAACAAUAAAGUACU